AUGACCCCUGUCCCAAGUACCUCUAUCCAUGCCUUGACAACUACUCCACCUACUCCCUCAGACCUCCAGCCAGGUCAGGAGCUGGUGGGCAUCGUUGGGGGCUGCCCUGUCUCAGCCAGGAGGUUCCCAUGGCAAGUCAGCCUGCGGUUCUACAGCCAGAACAGCCUCCGGUGGGAGCACUUCUGCGGGGGCUCGCUCAUCCACCCACAGUGGGUGCUGACUGCUGCCCACUGUCUUGAGCCGGAGGAGCUGGAGGCCUGUGCCUUCAGGGUCCAGGUUGGGCAGCUGAGGCUCUAUGAAGAUGACCGACUGGUGAAGGUGACUCAGAUCAUUCGCCACCCCAAAUACAAUGAGAGCCUGUCUGCUGAGGGAGGUGGGGACAUCGCCCUGCUGAGACUGAAUGCCCCUGUGGCACUGUCAGAGGACAUCUACCCUGUCUCCCUCCCUGAUGCCUCCCUGAGGGUCUCCAUGAGAAAGACCUGCUGGGUGACCGGCUGGGGUGACAUCAGAUUUAGAGAGCCCCUUCCCCAGCCCUUCAACUUGCAGGAGGUGGAGGUAAAGGUCAAGAGUAGAAGGAACUGUGAGCAGCUCUAUCGCCAUAAUUUCUCGGGACACACUGGCCAGUUCAUUAAGGAUGACAUGCUGUGUGCUGGGAACCAGAACUAUGGUCCUUGCUCGGGUGACUCCGGAGGCCCCCUGGUCUGCAUGUGGAACUGCACUUGGGUGCAGGUGGGUGUGGUGAGCUGGGGUGACAUCUGUGGUCAUUGUGCCCUCCCUGGCGUAUACACUUCUGUGAUGAGCUACGUGUCCUGGAUCUACCACUAUGUUCCCAAAUUCCUGGGCCCUAUGUGGGGCUAAGGUGGAAUCCUCCUAGUGGGAGAGACCCCCAAUCUUCCUUGGUACCUCUUCAGGGCCUUCCACAUCCUAACCUCACUGCUCAAAGCCCUGCAAUUUUCCCUACCCCCCAGCCCCCAGCCUGUUGCCUCAUCCCUUCAGGAAGAGGCAGGGAAGAUCCUAAAGGUUCUCAUCACCCUGAAAGGGGGUGUGCAUUGAAUGGGUGUGGAGAGCCAGGAUCCACUCCUUCUGCUCACUCUUUGGAGCUCAUUAAAUCUUACAAAGCA